AUGACACAUCCAAUUCCCAUAACCAUCAUCACCGGUUUUCUCGGAGCUGGAAAGACAACCAUCCUCCUUAACCUAAUCCCUCAAUUGCCCCCCGACUACCGGCUGGCGCUUCUGAAAAACGAGUUCGGUGACCUAGCUGUCGAUUCCCAAAUAGCCUCAGCAAAUUCCAUUUCAGGGAUCCGCGAGUUGCUUAACGGAUGCAUAUGUUGCAAUCUGGUAGGACAACUGGGCGAUGCCCUUCUCCAACUGCGCGAUGAGGUAAAACCGGACCGCAUCGUUAUAGAAACGAGCGGCAGUGCAUUCCCCGCCACGAUGGCCAUGGAAGUGAAUCGGGUCUCACGCGAGAACAACGGCCUCUUCGUGCUCGAUGGUGUCAUCAGUGUUAUUGACGUGGAGAACUGGAAAGGAUACGAAGACACGUCGUACACGGCAAAGUUGCAAGCGAAGUACACGGAUCUGGUUAUUUUCAAUAAAUGGGAAGAUGUACCGGAGGAGCAGUUUGAUGCGUGUCUGGACCGAGUGGCGGAUCUGGAGCUGGAUACGGCGUGGGUGAAAUCCGCUAGGGGGGUCGUGGAUAAAGACUUGCUGCUCGGGAUCGAUGGAGCCUUGUUGGCGAAGGAGAUAUCUGAUCGGGGACAUUCGUCCUUGGACCUGGUGCUGUUAAAUGGGGCAGAUGACACGGCUGCAAAGGAGGCUUAUAUACAAGAGCAUAGCCAUGGACUUGGGAAGCCACUGGAAAACGAGCACCAGUCUGAAGUAGACGUCCUCUCUAUCUCUCUUACAAGCACUUGCCAGUUCGAUACGGUGAACCAGGAGGCAUUGGCCACCCUUCUCCUGUCUGCGCCCAAGGAUGAAGUCUACCGGAUAAAGGGCAUUAUUCAAUUCCCAGCCGAUGCCCCUCCAGAAGAUUCGUCAGGCCAGACGGCGGGUGCACCUACACCUAUUCCAACACCAGCACCAACAGCAGAGUCAACGGGAGGCGCCUGCGCAAAUGGAACUCCCGCAACCGCGACCGGAGAAAACAACGCUAAAACGCAGAAUUACAUUCUGAACUGGGCUUUCGGUCGUUGGACCUAUACCCAUUCACCUGCAUCGAUAGGGAACGCUACCGAUAACAGCGCGGAAGAUGGUGCGUCAUUGACACCCGAGAAAUAUAGCAUUGCGCGCAUGACGCUUAUUCUCUCCAGAGGGGAAUCUCAUAAGUGGACGCGGAAACUGGAAACAGAUGGGCUGUUGGAAAUUGCGGAUGAGAAUCCGCAAGAGAAGAGGGGAUCAGUGAAGGUGGAGCGCAUUGGUUGA